UUUCUCACUCAGGUGAUCUGCCAGCCCUGGCCUCCCAAAGUGCUGGGAAUUACAGAUGUGAGCCACCAGGCCAAUAACUUUGAUGUUACCUCUUAAGACUCUGCAGCCAGAACCACUUAUGAUUUUUGAUGUUUCAGGAAAUUACCCUCUUUCACAGCAGGUAAUGUCUCUCAUCUUUGGAGAUCCUUCUCAGCAAGAGCUGGAGGGCUGCACAUCUAUCCCCAAGGACAUCACACUCAGCUGUUAGUCUCUGUUCUCCCUCUUGCCUGGUGGCCAGCAUCACCUCUUGCAUGGGGGCGGGACAACCUCAAGAACUCAGUCCCUUCCUUUUUAAGCUUUACAUCUAUGGCUCAUGCCUUCCCAGGGGAGUGGGGAUGAGAGUAAAUUACUUUCAAAGACUGUCUUCUGCCAUUGAUAUCAGGUCACAGCCACAUGAAGUAGAGAGCAUCAACAGGAGUGGGGUGCUGUCAACAAGCUGCUGCUAGGAAGGCCAGCUGUGGAGAACUGGGCAGAGACCCGGUUACCUUCAGCCUCUUCUAUAAACACCCACUGUCAAAGCUCUGGUGACCCAAUAUUUCUUGAUGUUCUCUACGGACUCGAAGCGUAUGGUUACGUCGGUUGUGCACAACAGCUCUACCAACAGGGCACAAUUCACAAUUUCAGGGCAGCAAACACUAGAUUUACGGCAGUUUUCCAGAAGGUGGCAGUAAAGUGCCUUGAGGAAGGGAACAUGGCACGUGAGCUAGCACAGCCCUGGCUUUCUGAAGGCACUGUGCCCUGCACCUUUGAAGGUGCUGUUCUUGUGAUCUGGGAUGCCCUACUCACUUUGUCUGGUCGACCUGAUCCCUCACCUUUCAUGGUCCAGCAAAGGCACCACCUCCUUGGGAUGUUCCCUGAGCCCCAGUGCCCUUGGUAUAUACCUCCAUUUUGUCACUUCACAGAGGCCAUUGUCUGUCUCCUCUACCUGGCUGAACCAUCCUAUUCACCUUUCAAUCUUUCCCCAUGCCUAGCAAAACACUUGGGAUUUGCUCCCUAAAAAUCUGUUGAAGAAAGAAUACUGAACCUAUGAGAAUAUGUGAACCUGUUAAGAAACUUACCAAAACCUGAGCUUUGAGAAACCAUCAUCAGCAUCAGCUGUCUCUGGGUGUGCCGCGGGCCUCUUAGCCUUUGAGAUAUUUCAUCAGGCUGGCCCACAGGAACUACAUGCCUAGGUAGAGCCAUUGCCCAAGCCCCGGAUCCCCUUUACCAGAUUGUUUGGCUCAUACUGGGUGGUGCUAAGGGACAGUAUCAGGAACAGCCACGGAAUAUCUCUGCUGUGUUCACGCAUGGAGGGCAAGAAGGGGGUUAAUACAUCUCACAGGUCUGCUUCCUGAGGACCACGAAAAAAAGUUCUAUGAUCUUUAAGACAGGAACACUUUUGCUUUUUUUAAGUAUGGUGUUUUUUGACUACCUAUCUCUCCCUCUUUAUUGGCUACUGAGAAGCUUAGACACAAAUUUGUGGUCCAUAUCCUAUGAUGUGCAUUGUUGUGUAUUAACUUUCCCCCGUCUUCUCCAGCAUAUGACCCAUCUGUUCUACAUAUUUUUGUAUUGUGGUGAGCCCUAUUGGGAAUGAAGCAGGUGGUAACACCUGCCACAGGCACACAGCUAUUACACGCAGCUGGGUCUGGAAUCCAGGUGCUCUGACUUCGUCAGGCAGAUGCUAAAACCAAGUGGGAAGGAAAUGCAUGCUCCUGGUCAGCCACUGAGGUUUACCAUGGAUAAGGUAGUGCUACACACCAGAAUCUUUGAUCUCAGGCCAGAGGGGGCCUUGGAAUCCAGGAAAGGCUGGGGUGAACAGAGCAUUUAGGAAUAACAAACUUCUGGGUCACUAGGCCAGGGAUUCCAGGCAGGCCUCAUACAUCUCUUUACAUAACCCUGGUGCCUCUGUAGUGGCCAGCACACAGUGGGUGGGUGACAAACAUCUGCUGCUGAGCUUCACUUGAGUCUGACUAUUCCCAGGGCUGGGGUGUCCCACCCAUUGUCCAAUCCUUCACUAGAAAGUAAGGUCUGAAAGUAAGGAUCACGUGUCCUACAGAGGACAUGACUGGAGCGGACAGGACAAAAAUAAUAACCAUUGCCUACAAGGUGAAGUUAGGGCCAACCACAUCGUUUCCAGACCCAAUUGGGCGCUGAGAAAAUAGUCUCAACUUUAAUCAUAGGACACAACGGGUAUUUGGUCCCUGGAGGGAGGGCCCCAGGAGAGUGUAGCGUUAGGUAGUGGAUGCCGGAAGCCCAGUCUGUCACAAGCCACCGUCUAGGCGGAUUGGCCUAGCAGUGGCCCGCUGGGUCCUCAGGAGCUCGACAUCACCAGCCCUCUCGUCUCUUGCCCGCAGCUCUGUUGAAGAUGCACUGGACACCGGAACACGCCCAGCCCCUCAACCAGUGGCCAGAGCAACACCUGGACGUCUCCUCCACCACCCCGUCGCCCGCCCACAAAUUGGAGUUGCCCCCUGGCGGUCGCCAACGCUGCCACUACGCUUGGGCACACGACGACAUAUCCGCCCUCACUGCCUCCAACCUCCUAAAGCGCUACGCAGAGAAGUACUCGGGGGUCCUGGACUCUCCCUACGAGCGUCCCGCCCUGGGCGGCUACAGCGACGCCGCCUUCCUCAACGGCGCCAAAGGGGAACCCGAGCCCUGGUCAGGGCCGGAGCCACCCUACCCCUUGGCCUCACUCCACGAGGGCCUCCCAGGAACCAAGUCGGGAGGUGGGGGCGGUUCCGGGGCCCUGGGGAGCUCCCCAGUUUUAGCCGGGAACCUCCCUGAACCCCUCUACGCCGGCAAUGCGUGCGGGGGCCCGUCGGCGGCGCCCGAGUACGCGCCGGGCUACGGCGGGGGGUACCUGGCGCCGGGCUACUGCGCCCAGACCGGCGCCGCGCUGCCCGCGCCGCCGCCUGCCGCGCUCCUGCAGCCCCCGCCGCCGCCCGGGUACGGGCCCUCAGCGCCGCUGUACAACUACCCCGCUGGGGGCUAUGCGGUGCAGCCCGGCUACGGCGCGCUCCCGCCGCCCCCGGGGCCGCCCCCGGCCCCCUACCUGACCCCAGGCCUGCCCGCGCCCACGCCCCUGCCCGCACCCGCGCCGCCCGCCGCCUAUGGCUUCCCCACGGCCGCGUCGGGCGCCGAGGCCGGACUGUCGCUGAAGCGCAAGGCCGCGGACGAGGGCUCCGAGGGCCGCUACCGCAAGUACGUGUACGAGCCAGCCAAGGCCCCGGCGGCCGACGGCGCCUCCUACUCAGCCGCCGACAACGGCGAGUGUCGGGGCAACGGGUUCCGGGCCAAGCCGCCGGGAGCCGCGGAGGAGGCGUCGGGCAAGUACGGUGGCGGCGUCCCCCUCAAGGUCCUGGGCUCCGCCGUGUACGGCCCGCAACUCGAAUCCUUUGAAAAGUUCCCGGAGCGGGCCCCGGCUCCCCGUGGGGGCUUUGCCGUGCCGUCGGGGGAGCCUCCCAAAGGCGUGGACCCUGGGGCCCUGGAGCUGGUGACGAGCAAGAUGGUGGACUGCGGGCCCCCAGUGCAGUGGGCGGAUGUGGCGGGCCAGAGCGCGCUCAAGGCGGCGCUGGAGGAGGAGCUGGUGUGGCCCCUGCUCAGGCCGCCCGCCUACCCGGGCAGCCUGCGCCCGCCGCGGACGGUCCUGCUCUUUGGGCCGCGGGGCGCGGGCAAAGCGCUGCUGGGCCGCUGCCUCGCCACGCAACUGGGCGCCACGCUGCUGCGCCUGCGCGGUGCGACCCUGGCUGCGCCCGGCUCCGCCGAGGGCGCGCGCCUCCUCCAGGCCGCCUUUGCGGCCGCACGCUGCCGCCCGCCCUCAGUGCUCCUUAUCAGCGAGCUAGACGCGCUGCUCCCCUCCCGGGACGACGGCGCGGCGGCAGGGGGCGCGCUGCAGGUGCCGCUCCUGGCCUGCCUGGAUGGCGGCUGCGGCGCGGGGGCUGAAGGCGUGUUGGUCGUAGGCACCACCUGGCGGCCCGCGGCUCUGGACGAGGCGACCCGCCGGCGCUUCGCUCUCCGCUUCUACGUGGCGCUGCCCGACAGCCCUGCCCGCGGGCAGAUCCUGCAGCGGGCGCUGGCCCAGCAGGGCUGCGCGCUCAGUGAGCGGGAGCUGGCAGCGCUGGUGCAGGGCACGCAGGGCUUCUCUGGUGGCGAGCUGGAGCAGCUGUGCCAGCAGGCCGCGGCCGGGGCGGGCGUCCCGGGGCUGCAGCGCCCCCUCUCCUACAAGGACCUGGAGGCGGCGCUGUCCAAGGUGGGCCCUAGGACCUCCGCCAAGGAACUGGACACGUUCGUGGAAUGGGACAAAAUGUAUGGCUCCGGACACUGACGGCGCGCGGGAAGGCCGCGGGAGCCGCUGCUCCUCCGUCCCCGCCGCCUCGGCGUGGGAGGGUUGUCACUGACUAAACCUGGCUGGCAGGGGCCGGAAUGGUGAAUGUGGGGUGGGGGACAGGAGGGCUCUGCCGGCGGAUUUUUUUUUUUUUUUUUUUUUUUUUUUUUGUGGGAAGGAAAUGCUUCUGCCAGGCAGAUAGAUGCCAUAUGCGCCGUGUACUCAGGUUUUUCCUAUUUAUUGUGGACUGGAAGCUCGCCAUCUCCGCCCGCAGACCGGGCAGAUCCGGCAUGGGCUGGUACCCGGGGCCUUAGGAACUCCUGCUCUCUUGCCACAACGCUUUUGUCUCCUCGCUAUCUGAAUGGCACCCUCCUUCUCCCUCAUUCUCUCCACCCCUUUCUCUGCAUUCUCUUGGUUUUCUCUCCUUUGCUUUGUCACUUACACCCCUGCCCCCCAUGCUGGCCCUGUUUCUCUCCUGCCCCUCCCUCCCUCUCUCCCUCCCUCCCCAGCUCUCCGUCCCUCACCUUCUGUACUUCAUUCUCCAUCCCUGGCUCUCCAGCAUCCCCGGGCCUCUUGGUCCCUGAGCUUUAAUGCCUCUUUCUGCCUUCUGUUCUCAUUUGGACUCCAGUGGCCCUUUGCAGGAGCUCUGGAGGCCCAGGGGCUGAGGAGGAGGGGAGGAGGGUUACCUCUUACCCAUCUGAAACCUAGGGUCUAGGGAUCAAGGAAAAAAUUCCCCAAAGAAGGGAAGUUUUUUGUUUUUGAGGAGAGAUCCCAGAAAUGUAGCUUGUUUCAUAUUUUAGGCUUUUUAUUUUUGUAAGAUGUGUAGAAUUUGCUGUUUUUAUUUUGACAACUCAGGAAGAAACUGACCUCAGAAAGAAUGUUAGACUUUGGCUGCUCUCCUGUGUGCCCCCUACUCCUGCCCUCGCCCCCCCCACUCCAUUCAGGGGAGCAAAUUCUCCCAGACACUCAAAAAAAUGGGACUUAUGGGGAAGGGGAGAGGAAGACCAGAGGCCUCAGUGAAACCCUAGCUAUUCCUGGGCAGAAGCAGAAUGUAUUCCUAAGGGCUUCCUCCCCAGGGCCAAGGCCUAGGCAUGAGUGUGGGGAGUGGGCUGUGGGGUUUGAGAGAGGGGAGGCCUUAUUUCCCUCCUGCUGCUCCCCGCCCCCUCCCCCACUCCCAUCCCUCCGCUGAGUGUUUUCUGUGAAGGGCUAUCCAGAGUUACGAUGCCUUUGCCCAGGUACUUCCUGAGACCCAGAAAGUAGGCUGGGAGGGCCCAAAUGUGAGGGUGACCUAAGCAGAAAGUCUCCAGAGAGGUCACAUCACCUGGCCCCGCCUUGGCAGAGGUCCCCAAUGACUUAUGCUAGGAGAAUUCCAUCUGGGAAAACAGCCUGGCCACAAAAUCAGCUACUGGACCUCAGCCGCCUCUGCGGGAGGCUCUGAGGAGGAAUGAGCAUCCCUUACUGAGGGGGCUCUGUGAGGAAACAUGCCUCCCUCAUUCCCCUGGAGUCCUAGGUCUGGACCUCCAGAGCUGGGAGAGGGGAGGGAGAUGGACAGGGCGUUUCCUUUGAUCUGGGGGGUUUAGUCUCAGUCCUGCCUGAACUUUCCACCAGGCUUGGAGCCCUUCUCUCUGAGAACCACAUUCCUCUCCUUCCCACCAAUUUUCCCUUAGAGAGGCUUCAGCAGUUUGCUCCCCAACCCACCCCAGCCCAUUUCACAACUCUGAUCUUUGGUACAAAGUGGGGGACAUGCCCUCCCCACCUCUUUUUUUCUCUCCCACCUCAGCCUCCCUUCCAGUUCCCUGCCUGCCCGUACAUUUCCUACAGAGGCUACUGCCUCCCCUCCUGGCUGGGAGGGUGUCUGUGGGUGACGUUUCAGGGACCCUGGCACCCAGGGCCUGUGCUGGCUCUGUUUUCCCCACUUCCCUUCCCCCUCUCUUUGGAGCCAGCUGGCUGCAGGGCGUGCCUCAGAAGCAGUGGGCUGCAGGAUCACAGCUGCAGGCUGCAAAAGACCCUCGGAGGGAGCAUGGAGUGAGGGGUUCUCUCUCAGGUGUGUAUGUUUGGGGGGGUGGGGGUGGAGGGUGUCAGGGAAGUUGGGGAGGGGAUCCCAGCCUUCCCUUCAAGAGGCAGGUAGCUCUGGGAGGUGGAGUCCCCACCGCUUCCUCUACUAGGCUCCUCCUGUUCCCCAGGCUUGGGGAUCUUUGCACAAGGACACCCCCCCCAGCCUAGUGGCACCUACCUCAUGGGCACUGGGGCAGGUAGGGGAAGGGCUGGUCCAGUUCUGGCAAUGUUGGGGGGGCAUACCAAAGAAUCCAGGGACAGGAAGUGGGGAGGGCAACUUCCAAGUUGGCCCCUCCCCCUUCUUCUACCCAGACUGGGGCUGGGAUCCUCUCCUCCCACUGUAACCAUUUCUACCUCAUUUUGCUGCGUGUUGUACAUGGACAUAUUUAUCUCCUGUCUGACGAUGCUCUGCAGUUGUGGUCUGUCUACCUCAGAAGAGACUGUAUUUUAAAAAAAGUAUUACACAGUAUUAAAGCGAUGACAUGUGGUUUGCA